GUCUAAAGAUUUAAGUUUUUGUGACAGCCAGUUUAAAUACAAGCUCUUCUUUUUACUGUAGAACUGUAUCUCAUCUAAAUGGUUUUCAAGCACUCUGGUUAUCCUCAGACAUGUUUGUUCUUCUGCCACUGACAGGCACUGUUGCUGUAAAACAGGAACUUUCAACCUCUGCUAACACUGCAGUUGCACUAGUGCAAGCUCUCAAAACAUAUCAAGUGAUGAUGAUAUCUUUCCUAAAGCUUUAAUGAAGCAAAAAACCCGUCUUCACUUCCGGCAGGAGUUGUUUGAACACAGCGAAAAGUUUUUAUGAGUCUGUUAAUCUCACAUUACUGACAUUAUAUGUGACUGUCUGUGCUUUCACCUGCUCGCCCACAUCAGAAAACUUAAUGUAGGUCACGUGUUGCUGUUAGUAAUUGUAUUGGAUGAUGUGGGUGAAAACACACACACAUUUCCUUUAAGUGAACCUUGUUUGACAGUCACUGUCAGCAUGUCUGCUGUCUGGUUGAAUCUCAUAACCAUCCUUUGUGUCUCCUGCACAGCCCUGAGUAACCCAGAGAGCAGUGGAGUGGUAUGGAAAGAUGUUGGAGGAGCCGUCACUAUCCAGUGCAGACCACCUGAACUGAACCAAGAGAUGCUGAAUUUAAGGAAGGGUCUCAAUGAGGACAUCCAGGUUUUGUUCAAAGAGAGCAACUCAGACAAAAAUACCAUUGCCACAGAAUUCACAAGCAGACUUCAGUUAAAUGGAGAAUUCCCCAACGUGGACAUUCUCAUCAAAAACUUGACUUCUGGCGACACGGGACCGUACUGGUGCGAGUACAAAAGGUUUGACCCGAAGUCCAGUCAAGUCGUAACCAUAAAAGGCGAAGGGUCUGUGCUCCUGGUGGUGACAGAUGGGCCUCAUCAAGAUACAGCGCAGCAGUGUGAGACAUCAAGUAAGAAUCUGGUCCUGGUGCCUGUUGUGAUCUCUGCUGCUGUGCUGCUUGGCAUCCUCACGGUCUUCUUCAUAUGGCUCAUCUUCAAGACCAAGACUCUGCGCACCACAGUGACACCAAGACACGUUGCUACCAAUGAUGUUUAUGAGGACAUGCGUGGAACACUCAGACGCUAAAGCUAUCAGCCUGCAACCUGAAACUCCAUCUCUGCACCACUGAGGUUUAAGUGAUGCAUGUGUAACUCUGUAGCAACUCAGCAUGUUCUCCCACAUACUCAGCGACUCAAGGCAUCUCUUCAGACCUAAGACAUUAAGGUUCAUGAAUUGCUAAAAGGUGCAACAUGGGAACACCUGCACUGCCAAUCAACUGUUCAGCGUAAUGUUUGAAAAUACAUAACACAAAACUGGGUUGUAACCUGACAUGUGACCCUGAUAUGUAUUUUUAAUGUAAAUAUGUUUUCUUUAAUUUCAGUAAUUUCUUAUAUUUUUGUACUAAGUUUAUACACUUUUUGAAGAUGAUUUGUUGUAUUACUAAAGGCAGGGUCCAUUUGAAGAUAGAUACUAUGUAUUGUAAUAAUAAUAACUGUAAUUUUCCAUCUACAUAAAUAAAACAAUACAUUUGUGGGACUAAUA